AUUAAAUAAUUUAAUGGAAGUAUACACAAAAUAUUGUGAUGAAGAUUGUGGUGAAGAGGCCCAAUAUUACGUCGAAGAAGUUGAGGAGUACUACUGUAGGCAUCACUUCGACCUAAACUAUGAACCUGAAGAUGGCAUAAGGCUGGUCUCCCCAUACGUUGUCAAAUCUAAGGUCGGAGAUCUUGGGAGAGGCCUGAAGAUAUUCUCGGUGUUUAUUGAAGAUAAGCUUAAAGGAAGGAUUAAGGAGCAAAGCAAACAGCUCUAUACAAAGCUGGCCGAAAACUUCCAAAAAUUAAAGCUAAAGGUUGACGAAGCAGACGCUAAUCAGUCAAUCUUUAGGUUCACUGAACUCAAAUAAGGAAGCUUCACAAAUGAAGACUUCAGUAGACAGCGAGUAUUUGUUUGAUAGCUUUACUACUGAUUUCUUUUGGAGUCUCUCUAAAGAAGCUCAAGCACCAGAUCAAGUAUCAGCUCAAGCACCAGCUCAAGCUCAAGCCCCAGCUCAAGCUCCAGUACAAGUUCAUGCACAAGCUCCAGUCCGAGGUGUGCCACGAGUCAUACCUAACGGACCAAUUCCAGCUUCUAAAAUUCGUUAUGUUCCUGGCAGAAGUCAGAGAGAAAAACGAAUCCCUUUACAAAAACCUUCAGAUAAAAGUAAAAACAGAAGAGGACUGUUAGGACAAGCGCCAGCGAGAAAAGAACUCUCCAAACCACCUCAACCUAGCCAAUCCUCAUCCUCCAUAGAUCCCAGAGAAGAGAACAAGUAUGAAUUGCCUUCAAGACACAAGCCAUCAAAGAGCUCUGCUCUUAGCAAAAGGAGUACCAAAAAGAAGACCAAAGAUAAUCGCUACAAGUCCUUUGACAUCAGCAUCCUCUACAAAAUUACCACUGGGCAAGACGAACAGUUCAGACCUAAAACUUGACUAGAACUUAAACUUAACAAUUCCAAUCACAUGAAGUUUCUAACAUCCCUGAACAAGAGAAUGCCAGACAUUGAAGGACUUAAUCUUGGCAACAUCCCUCUGAACUGCCAAGAAGUCAACACUUUCCUGGCCACCCAUUUCCCCAACAAAGUGAGCGUGCUCCAUUUUAACCAUGACUCUCCUCUGAGUAGUUGCCUUCCCUUUUACUUGGAGGAACUGGUGGAAGUGAGUAAGAGAGUCACUGAACACUUGUAUAUUUAUGAUUUUGAAGUCUCUCAAGACCAACUCGUCUCCCUCUUCUCCGCUAACAGACAUAAACAGAGGUUUGGGUUUCCUUACUGCAAACUCUCCCUGUCUUCUGUUCCUGAUUUCGGAGGAACCCUCAAUGGAAGUACGAUGCAAGUAUUGAGUUUGACAAGCUGAGGAGACUCUUCGUAUGGCGACUGGGGCAACAAUGAGUCGCACUUUGAAAACCUGAUUGCUGGGCUUUCCAAAGAGGAGGAUUUUAGGAAGAAUCUGAAGGAGAUUGGAAUGGCUUUGUGUGGAAUGGAGAAGAAUGUUGUGGAGAAGAUUUUGGCUGAUCAUGGCUUUGGACAUGUCGAAAUUGUCAGGUACUCGAAGUAG